UGCGGCUGCCCGGCACUGCCGUGUCCUGCCUUCCGUUUAUUAAACUGCUCUCGUAGUUUAGGAAACGAAACAGUGACUUUUUUCUUCAGACUUAGUCUGAAAUACGUGUUUUCGUCGAUAUUUAUGGGCAGAAGUAUAUUCGUGGAAUGGAAAAAAAAAAAAUCCACGCUGUUGCACCUGUCACUUAACGGUUUGUGAACAGCGGGUAUAUGGUUUGGGAAAGACUUAAGGUAUUAAGUCAUAAAACAGGUACUUGUUUUGAGGAAGUACAAUGGACGACAUGAAAAAAGUUGCUAACAGCUCCUGCAAUGAUGGAGUUCUACUUAGAAUGGGCCUUAAUGAUAACAAAGCUGGAAUGGAGGGUUUGGAUAAGGAGAAAAUCAAUAAAAUCAUCAUGGAAGCUACCAAGGGUUCUAAAUUUUAUGAAAAUGAACUUAAGAAAGAUCAACAAGUUAACCAACGAAUUGAAAAAAUGAUGCAGCUAAAAGAGAAAAUUACAGCACAACAGCUCUUGAAAGCACAGCUGCAGGUGGACAAACUUGUGAUGGAACUGGAACAGAACCGUAACCUUAGCAGUACAAUUGUACACAUUGACAUGGAUGCCUUCUAUGCAGCUGUGGAAAUGAGAGACAAUCCAGAGCUAAAGGAAAAACCUAUAGCAGUGGGAUCGAUGAGUAUGUUGUCUACCUCAAAUUACCAUGCUAGGAGAUUUGGUGUGCGUGCAGCCAUGCCUGGAUUUAUUGCUAAAAGGCUGUGUCCCCAUCUAACUAUAGUACCACUAAACUUUGAGAAAUACGGCAAAGUAAGUAAAGAGGUUAGAGAAAUACUGGCUGAAUAUGAUCCAAAUUUUAUGCCUAUGGGCCUAGAUGAAGCCUACCUGAACAUAACAGAGCACUUGGAGGAAAGGCUGAACUGGCCUGAAGAUAGGAGAAGGUUCUUUAUUAGUACAGAAAGCACUACAGGAAUAGGUAAAGAUGGUAUGAAUAUGUCUGCCAAAUUUAACAAAGCUGAAGUCUCUUCUUCACCAGUACUGUUUGAAGAUGACACAUCUCUGAUGGAUGACAACCUUGAACAAAGAGGUCUAUCAGUGGAAAACUCAGUUGUCUUCGGAACUUCUGCAGAGGAAGUUGUGAAGGAAAUUCGCUUUAGGAUUGAGCAGAAAACUCAACUGACUGCUAGUGCAGGAAUAGCACCAAAUACAAUGCUAGCAAAAAUGUGCAGUGAUCGUAAUAAACCUAACGGCCAAUACAGAAUUUCUCCUGAGAGACUAGCAGUGCUAGACUUCCUAAAAGAUUUGCCCAUUAGAAAGGUGCCAGGUAUUGGAAAAGUAACAGAGAAGAUGUUAAAAGCCCUUGGAAUUGUGACUUGCUCAGAGCUUUACCACCAGAGGGCACUGCUUUCCCUUCUUUUUUCAGAAGUAUCUUGGCGUAAUUUCUUGGAUAUUUCCCUUGGUUUGGGCUCAACACACUUGGAGAAGGAUGGAGAAAGAAAAAGUAUGAGCACUGAAAGAACAUUCAGUGAAAUAAACACAGCAGAAGACCAGUACAGCUUGUGUCGAGAACUCUGCAGAGAUCUUGCUCAAGAGCUACAGAAAGAGGGACUUAAGGGUAAAACUGUUACAUUGAAGCUUAAGAAUGUGAACUUCGAAGUUAAAACAAGAGCUUCAACUGUUCUGUCUUCUGUUGCUACUGAGGAGGAAAUAUUUACUGUUGCUAAAGAUUUGUUAGGAAGUGAAAUAGAUAGUGUUGCUCCUCACCCUCUACGGAUAAGACUUAUGGGUGUACGAGUAUCAGGAUUUCUAACUGAAGAAGAAAAGAAAUACCAACAAAAAAGCAUUACAAGUUUCUUAAAAUCAGGAAAAGAAAUUGGUUCUCUUAGGCUUCAACCAGAGAAGUCCAACCAAGAGUAUUUCACAAAAAAUUCACAAGCACCUCAUAGAGGGAGUUUUUUCGAUCAAAAGCGAGCAGCAAGACAAUUAAACAGAGAGAAUAUUUCUCCAAAUAAAAGCAGAGGUAAGCAGCUUUUUCAUGAUGACAACUCAUCAGAAGAUUUUGUGGAAGAAACAAAGAAAGUCACAGAUUUACAGAAUUCUAAUGUUUGUAAGAUCUUCACUUGUCCUGUUUGCUUUGAGAAGCAAAGCAGCAAUAAUUUGGAAGAACUUAAUAGACACAUUGAUGAGUGCCUCAAUAGGAUGUGUGUUAAAGAUACUGUGGAAAUAUCCAAGAAUUACAGUUCAAGAGAAAAUACACCUAACUUUCUUCCACAAUUAAAAAAUGAGUAUGUUGAUAAAUGUCAAAAAAAUAAAACAGAUCAAUUAGCAGGAACAGACCAGUCUGCAAGUGUAUCUGACAACUCUGCUAACAGCAACACAGAAAAAAUUGGUCAGAUAAUACCUGAUAAAUCUCCCAGAGAACAACAGCCUAGCAAUCUCAGUGACAUUGCUAGAAAUGUCUGUAUGAAACAGUGCCUCUUCCCCAAAAGAAUAUCACAAGACAAUGAAGAUGAUUUUGGCAAGACUGAACAUACAGAAGGAACUAGUUCAUCCUGUUCCUUUGAAGCCAAAGAAGACACUGUUCUUGUUUGUCCAGUUUGUAAUUCAGAACAGAAAACCACCAAUCUUGUGUCAUUUAACAGACAUGUGGAUGUCUGCUUAAAUAAAGGCCUUAUCCAGGAGCUAACAGAAAAAGAAGAUUGUCUUACAAAGACUGAUAAUAUGGAAAACUUUAACAGAGCUUUCUCUGGAGAUUUAAGCAAAGGACAGCAAUGCACAAAUCCAUCACAAGGAGCAAAAAGGUCUGGACUAACAGCUUCACAGUCAGUAUCAAAAAAGGCCAAGUCAAGCCAUUCCAAACACACAAUCAAAAUGUUUUUUAAAUGACUGUGUACCAACAUGUUCUAUAUGAAGCAUUUCAUAGAGUUUUAUAACUGCAAGGUAAUUUAGCAUUGGCAGUAGGCUGGAUUCAGGUGCCAGUCAUUUUGGAACCAUUAUAUAAUCUAUACAACAAGGACAUGAUGUCUGAGAUAGAAGAAGAGGUAAAAUAAAGGGUUUUUUCCUUUUCUUUCCUUUGGAGAAUAAUACUUCUUUCAAGAAUCAAAAUUUGCUAGCACUUUGAUUUAGCCCCCUAGAACACAGUAAUCAUUAGCUAGGGUGCCCCACUGUACUGAAGGUCCUCUUCUCACACCUGAAUUUCUGUCUUCUCUGUUGAUUUUAUUAUAAAAGUAAAAUUAUGAGAUUAACUGUGUGAUAACAAAGAAGAGUUGAGUUGCUUGAUUUCAGGUAACAAGUAUCUGUCUUUGUAGUAACACAGAAAUGUAUUAGUCUUGCAGUUACACAGGAUAGGAACAAGAACUUAGA